CGACGCGGUGCCGCGAACCGUAGGGUGUGGCGGGCCAGCGCCGCUGGAGGGGGGCUCCUCUCCAAGCUCCCGCCCCUACCUCGCCUGUUCCCGCAGCUGCGGGGCCCGCGGGAAGGACCUUUGAGCGAGCAGAGAGCUGGGCGCGGGCGAGAUGGCCCUGGUGCCCUAUGAAGAGACCGCGGAAAAGGGGCUGCAGAGAUUUCACAAGCCUCUUGCCACCUUCUCCUUGGCAAACCACACGAUACAGAUCCGGCAGGACUGGAAGCAACUGGGAGUCGCAGCGGUGGUUUGGGACGCGGCUAUCAUUCUGGCCACAUAUCUGGAGAUGGGAGCUGUGGAGCUCAGGGGCUGCUCUGCCGUGGAGCUGGGUGCUGGCACGGGGCUGGUGGGCAUGGUGGCUGCCCUGCUGGGUGCUCAUGUGACUAUCACGGAUCGAAAAGUAGCAUUAGAGUUUCUUAAAUCAAACGUUCAAGCCAACUUACCUCCCCAUAUCCAGCCCAGAGCUGUUGUUAAGGAGCUGACUUGGGGACAGAAUUUGGGGAGUUUUUCACCUGGAGAAUUUGACCUGAUACUUGGAGCUGAUAUCAUAUAUUUAGAAGAAACGUUCACAGAUCUUCUUCAAACAUUGGAACAUCUCUGUAGCAACCACUCUGUGAUUCUUUUAGCUUGCCGAAUUCGCUAUGAACGGGAUCACAACUUCUUAGCGAUGCUUGAGAGGCAGUUUACUGUGAGGAAGGUUCACUAUGAUCCUGAAAAAGAUGUACAUAUUUACAAAGCACAGAGGAGAAGCCUGAGGGAGGACUUAUAGUUGGCUAUAAUUUAUAAGAAUGUUGUCACUGAGUGUGUCAAUUAAGGUCUUAGACUGGGAAUAUAACCAUAUGUAAUGAAAUGGCUUACUGUACAAAGAGUCUAACCAAAGGUUCUCAAAAGGCAAAGCAAAUGUGCAGUUUUAAAACAAAGCACUUUGUCCCAUUGCUGUGACUUUUUAGUUACGUUUUACUCACUCUGAAAUUCAAUUAACAUUAAAGGAAAGUGUGCGAUUUUGGUUUAUGUUGUUUCUGUAUCCCAUACUGCUCCCUCUCAAUAAACAAUUUUCACUGAU